ACAUACGUAGUGUUCGCUUGGAAAAUAGAGUAUUGUGAUUCUGGAAUUUGUCGUCAUCGAUAAGAACGAAAUACAGUAAAAUGGCGAGGGGACUUCUCCUGGCUGGGAUGAUAUGCCUGUUUCCUGGAGACUGUGGCGCGGGCUCAGACGAGCGGCGGCUACUGCACUUCCUGUUUGUGGAGCGGUUUUACAGUCCCCUGGAGCGACCGGUCGCAAACGAGAGUCUCCCCAUCCGGGUCAACUUCACGCUCGACCUCCAGCAGAUCAUAGACGUGGACGAGAAGAAUCAGAUCAUACACACAAACAUUUGGCUUCAAAUGAAAUGGCGGGCUGCGAACUUGGUGUGGGACCCGCUCGAGUAUGGUGGAAUCACGACAAUACGGGUACCAGCGCAGAAAGUGUGGAUCCCGGACAUCCUAAUGUACAACAGCGCGGACGAGAAGUUUGACGCUACGUUCCACACGAAGGUGGUUGUGAGCAGUGACGGCUCGUGCCUCUGGGUGCCACCCGGGAUGCUCAAGUCCACUUGCGACAUUGACAUCACGUGGUUCCCGUUUGACGAACAAAAGUGCGAGAUGAAGUUUGGCUCGUGGUCUCAUGACGGCCGCUUCCUGGAUCUUCACGAGGAGGACCCGGCCGGUGGAAACACGCGCACCUUCUACCCUAAUGGCGAGUGGCAGCUCAUUGGCGUACCCGUGCGGCGUAACGUGGUGGCGUACGAGUGUUGCCCGGAAGUGUACAUCGACCUGGUAUACACUAUUCACAUCCGGCGACGGACGCUGUAUUACGGGUUCAACAUUAUCAUCCCCUGUCUCCUCAUCUCCUCCAUGUCGCUUCUCCUUUUCCUGCUCCCGCCGGACGCUGGCGAGAAAAUUUCCUUAGGAGUGACAAUUCUCCUGUCUCUGAUGGUGUUCCUGUUGCUGGUAGCGGAGACCAUGCCGCCCACCUCGGACGCCCUCCCACUCAUAGGCAUAUAUUUCUGUUGCAUCAUGGUGAUGACUUCAUUGUCGGUGUUGUUUACGGUGGUGGUGCUCAAUUUCCACUACCGGGGACCGGAGACCCACACAAUGCCGCCAUGGAUUAAACUGGGCGUAAACGUUGUUCUCGCGAAGGUAUUACGCAUGUCACGGCCACCUCUGGUGAAGCGGCGCCAGAGCGUCUGCCGGUACCGCCUGGCGGACGUACAGGCAAGUGAGCGGACCACGCACUCCCUCCUCCCAAACCUGCUGGAGUCGGAGGAGGAAUACCGGCACCAGCAGGAAAGCAAUGGACUAUCCCGACAUACCCGCGGGUCAUCCUGCACCUCAGAUUGGAUUCGUCCACCUCCACUGGUGUCACGAGAUACGCAUGUGCAACAGGGUGACGACACAAUGCUCACAGAAUGUUGCGGUCACGUGACCCGAGAGUUGACUAACGUGCUGCACGAGGUUCGAAAAAUAACGGCGCGGCUAAGACAGGACGAGGAGGAGACGGAGGUGAAGAGUGAGUGGCGUUUCGCAGCCCUCGUCAUCGACCGCCUGUGUUUGUGGAUCUGCCUGGCGGCCACGCUCAUCUCAACACUGGCCAUCCUGUGUUCCGCCCCACACCUCAUUGCCUAACAAUCAGUUACCUUGGAUGGGCUUUUAGCUGCAGGCCGGCGCUAUGCCUCAAACCGUUAGAAGAUGAAACAUCAUAAACGACAGUAACCACACUUGCUUAUGAUAGAUGGGGAUGGAAAGCCUAUUGGAAGCUUCCACAGCUUGCCAAACG